AUGGAACACAUUGCUUGUGCGUAUCGGUCCGGCAAUAUUGGGUAUGAGGCCAUCAGCAUCAGUUUGGCCGAUAAAGAUGAAUUCCCGAUGCUCUCAGGUGGGCGGAUAACAAUGAACAGCCGACAGAAUCGGGUCGGCCGAUGGAAUCGCAACCGUCGGUUGGGCCUAUGGAAACAAAUUCCCGAUGCAACCAGAAUUGAGAUUGUCGAUUGGGCCGAGGGAAACGAAUUCCAGAUGAAAUCAGGUGGGCCGAUAAGAAUGAAAGGCCGAUGCAAUCAGCAAAUUCCCAACGCUGUCAGGUGGGCCGAUGGAAUUGAGACCAUCGGUUGGGCCCAUGGAAACGAUUUGCCAAUGCUCUCAGGUGGGCCGAGAGUACUGAAUGGCCAAUGUAAUCAGGUUGGCCGAAUGGAAUGGACGCCUGAUGAAGUCGUGUGGGCUGAUGAGGAGCACCAUAUCAUUCUAUCAGGCUGGAACCGAGACAUGACGAUCAACAUCCAUAUAUUUCACAUACUGUGGCCGGGGUGUCCCCACAAAGUUGUGAAGGCUAUCGUGCAUGAACCAUGCCCACACGAUGCGAUCACCGGUACAUGUGACUCCAUGCCUGACAAGGUGUCCAGAGCAAGCAACAAUGGUGCCAGACUUAUAUCACAACUGUAUACCGAGGUUGGACAGGGUCAUCAGCCCAUCACAAUAGUGGCCGACACUGGUCAUGAUGUCGAACCCUUCGGGAGCAGAUCUUGGAUCUCGGUGAAGAGGGCAUUGCCUGUUACAAAUGACGGCUGUGCAGUUGAAGACCAAGGCCCAAAGUUGCAGACAAGUGUAUAUGUCAUUGUGACCGUUGUCCAUGGCCCACCAAGCGAGUUUUAUAUGCGUGGUAACCGAGGCCCAAUACAACUCUGGAUGCAUCACCCAAAGAGCCGCCGAGGCCAGGAGUGCUGA